GAUUACAGAGACUAUUUUGUUUUUACUUGUUUUGUGUUUGUUUCUUUCGUACCUGUCUUCGUAACUACAUAUGAUACCUAAAUAUAACACAUACUAAUGUUAUUGUCUUUAAUAAAAUGCUAUGAUUACUACUACAAAACUUAUAUGAAAAAAUAUAACAAUAUAUAAAUAUAAAUAACUACUUUCUGACAAGCAUGUGUGGCCGUACAGUUUUGUCACUCUCUAAAGAACAACUUCAAUGUGCAUGUAGUUACAAAUCUGAUAAAACAAAUAAAUACGUAAAGGCAGAAUGGCUUCACGAACAUAACGAUGGUAAAGAAUAUAUACCAUCACACAACAUAGCUCCAACUGAUGUCACCCCUGUCUUAGUAUCUGCAAAUAAAUACAGGAAUGGGGCCAAAAAUGAACAUGUACUAAAGCCUAUGAUGUGGGGUAUAAUACCACCAUGGCAUAUGGAAGAUUAUCGAACACAUAAACUCAGCACAAAUAACUGCAGAUUAGAGAACAUCAAGAGUUCCAGACUUUACAAUCCUAUAUUAAGAAAUGGCGGUCGAUGUAUUAUUGUUGUUGAAGGAUUUUAUGAAUGGCAAACAACUGAGAAAACAUCAAAAACGAAACAACCUUAUUAUAUAUAUAUGCCACAAGAGGAGAAAAUUGAGAUAGAUGAAUGUACAACAUGGAAUAAUACCUUUGAAGAAGCUGAGGGCUGGAAAGGGAUUUGUUUAAUGCAAAUAGCUGGAUUAUAUAAUGUGUGGCAAAAUGAAGACAAAGUUAUUUAUUCAUACAGCAUUAUUACAAUGGAUUCAAACAGUACUUUGAGUUGGCUACAUCACAGAAUGCCAGCUAUUUUAAAUACACAAGAUCAGGUUGAUGCCUGGCUUGAUAUUAAUAAUGUAGAAGCAGACAUGGCUCUCUCUUAUCUGAAGCCUAUCACAUUAUUAUCGUGGCAUCCUGUCUCUACUCUUGUAAACAACUCAAGAAAUAAAUCAGAAAAUUGUAACAAAAAGAUAUUAAUAGAUAGAAAGAAGACUACACAAAAAACACUAAAUGAAUGGUUUAAUAAGACAGCAAAAAGGAAAUCUGAUGAUAAUGAUUGUUCAGAACAUAAAAAGGCAAAACAAUAGAUUCUUUGAAAUUGAUUUAUUUUAGAACUAAGAAAAAUACUUUAAUUAUAUCUUUCAAUAUAUUUUACGUUAAUUUUU